AUGAGUCAAGAAUUAAGUACAAAAGAUAUCGCAAGAGAAAUUUACGUGAUAUUAUAUUCAAAGAGAAAGAAUGAACAGCGGAUUAUGAUUAAAACUUAUUUCGACGUGAAUGCUGUUUUAGAGGAACCAAUCAUUUAUGUACAAGGCCACGAAGCAAUAAUCCGGCAAUUUCUUCUCAUGGCCACGAUAUUUAUCUCCAUUACCACAGAAAUAUAUUCAAUAACUGAUUCCGUAAUAGCUGGAGAUCAUCAUAUAGUUACUAUUGAUGCCAUCAUUAAAUAUCGACUUCCUUUGAAACCAAUAUUAUUUCGUCAAGAGAUUGAGUUAAGGACAAUUACGAAAUUUGAAUUUAAUGAACAAAAAAAGAUCGUUAGACAUGAAGAUAUUUGGAGAAGUCGAUUGGACUCAUUACAAAUCAAUUAG